AUGGAAACUGACUACCUGAAGAGGUGCUUUGGAAACAGCCUUACUAGAGCACUGGCAACGGUGGCAAUAGUUCGGCCCAGUGACCCCAUUGAAUACCUGGCUCACUGGCUGUAUCAUCACAGGAAAAUCACUGUAGCAAAAAAAGAGAGUGAGAAAGAGAGGAUUCAGCCAGAGGAAGAUGAUAAAAAACUCAAGGAAACCAUUCUGACAGAAAUGCUGAAACAAGAGGAGACUCAGAUACACAAGAUAGUAGUUUACUUGAAAUCAACUCUUCCUCUGAGAGAAUUCAUUCUUUGAGCAAUUGUUGGAAGAUGGUUGGGUAAGUAAGGUCUUAACUAAAAUUAUCAUCCCUUUUCUAUGUAUACUAUUUCAUUUCUAACACCAUGCUUCCUUGCUAAUAGGAAUCUAUGUAGCUAUAGAUAUAGAUCUUAGAAACAGAUCCCCAAAUUCCAUUCUGGUUUUCAUGGUGCCUUUAUUAAAUAAAA